UAGUAAUUGAAUCACUGAGAGGCCUACCUCCAGUAAAUGAGGAAAGCAUAAUUUUUAAAGAAGAUCGGCAAGCGGCAGGAAAGAUAUUUGAGAUAUUUGGUCCUGUUUUACAUCCUUUUUAUGUGUUAAGAUUUAACAGCUCUGAGCAUAUCAAAGCAAAAGGUAUUAAUGUGCAAGAUAGCAUGUAUUUUGCUCCAUCAGUGGAGGACUUCACCCAGUAUAUAUUUGCAGAGAAACUAAAACAGGAAAAAGGUUCAGAUGCAUCUUGGAAGAAUGACCAAGAGCCACCACCUGAAGCCUUGGAUUUCAGUGAUGAUGAAAAAGAAAGGGAGGCCAAACAAAAGAAAAAGAAGCCUCAAAGUCAAGGAAGAAAGAAACUCAAACCAGAAACAAAUGCGUUAGGUGAGAAUAAAAGACAUCAGUCAAUGCCACAGCCUACUUCCAGUUACUCAAGGGGGUACUGUGGCAGAGGAUUCUUCAGGGAUCCCUUUCCUCCUCCAUCAGGCCCCCCAGGUUUUUUGAGACCACCAGUGAGACCGCCACAGCUGUACCCUUCAGACGUCAGAAUGCAUCAGGAGUCUCCAGCGUUUCCACAGCCUCAUAGGAAGGAAAACCCAAUGGUGCAACAGUAUGCCUUUCCUCCUCCAGAGUAUGGGUCUGUUAAUAACAUGCAUCAAUUCCAUCUCCAGCCCUCCAAUCUGAAUACGAUGUGGACAGGCCCGAACGUGUACAACUCGUCAUACCCGUUCUUACCACCCCCACCGCCGCCUCCUCCACCUCCUGCAGACAGCCACCCUCCUCAGUUCAGCCCUUACUGA